UAACCUCAUAUAAUCUCCAACUUGGAGCACAGCUCACCAGGUGGCUUUCACUUUAAUUACGACUGCUGGAGCUAUUAGUCAGCGACUGCCUGAGAGAAGUGAGUUAGAAGCUAAAAUAUCGAACUCCUUCAGUGAACGAAUGGCAAAUCUUUAUGUAAGCACCAGUCACAUCACUGCUUUCGCAACACACCAGGAGUGGCGUUCAACAGAUCAUCUGCUUAAGCCAUCUGCUCCUUGCUGGGGGACUGCAGGGUUCUCGUUGAGAUCAUCUUCAGUCGUUGCCAACUGCUGGUCUGGUAUUUUCACAUGCUUCCAUCUCCUGUCUUUUUUCUUUUUUGGGGGGGAAACACCAUAUACCAUGACCAUGUAUGACUGAUCCUUUAAAAGACAUAACUGAGCACUUAUUGAAAUACACCUCUUUACAUUACAAGACAUCUCUUUACAUGAUGUCUUUUUAGAGCAAUUCCACAAUUAACCAAUGUCAAGAAAAUGAUGCAUCUCAAUUAGCCAUAUCUCAUACAAUGUGAAGUUAAUGUGUGCUAUUUUUACAUCAACACAUUAUAUGGUAUGUGUAUCUGUGGGGCAUCAUUGAAAAGCCACGCCUCAACAAAGCAUCUCCACCCACUGCAGGGAAAAACAUAAUGAGCUGGAAUGAAUAAUUUUAAACCGAAUAAUUCACACAACAUGUACCAGAAAGCUAAGAUACAUCAGGAGCUGAUAAUAAUCAUCUCAUGGGUAUAAAAAUCUACAAUCUUUGUCUUGGAGCACUAAGCCACUUUUUUAUGAAGUGCCAUGUAGCGUUUGCAAGAAGCAAAUCACCAUAAAGUACCUGAACUUAAGGUUACCUAUGAAUGCAACUGGACUGAGGAGCAAAGUUUACACAGUUUAAAAGAAGCUCAGCAGUUUAGAUGGAUUUAUCAAAACAGGCUUCCCUAUGACCACAUUUCAGAUAAAAUAUGUUGCUAAUGUUUACCUGACUAUGAAAUGUGCAGAGAAAAUGUGAAGAGGACAACCUCCUGUACACAGGGAUUUUCCCAACAAAGCCAAUUGUACAGGCAAACAAUUAUGUGCAAGACAGCAGUAGACUUUACAUUCUGCCAGCAUAUGAGCUACUGCUAAGCCAAGAGGAAACAAUAACCUGCAAAAUCAAUGUAUCCCAUAAUAUUCAUGCACAAGCACAAUAAACCACAAUAAAACCAUCAUGGUGGAGCUGCCAGACAGUGCCAUACAGAAAAUUUAGGUCAUCCACAAUAAAUAUUAAACUCAUUAUCAAUAAAAAUGCAAAAGCAGCACCUGAAAUGAGUUCAACAUUUGUGCAGAAAUUAAUACCCAGGUCACAAAGGACAUCAACCCACUAUAAAAAUUUACUUAUUUUUUUUAUUUUUUAUUUUUGCUAACUGUAGCUUGCGGCAUCUAAGGUGAUAAUACACCCUUCUUUGGGAAAACCAAGGUGUUGACAACAGCAGGGAAAGACAAAAGAGUAUGGCAACUGAUAUGACUAACCACCCCCUGAGGAGUACCCUGUUUCUUUUUCCUCCUCUAAGCUGUUUUGUUUGUUCACUUUGUUAGCAGGCUAGGCAGCUUAAUAACGGAAUUAAGAGUGUUAUGUUGGAAGAUGCUACAGCAAAUUUAAGCCUGCACAGCAGAGCAAAGCAGUGCUUUUAGUUUACCUGUGGACAUGGGUGCUUGAGAUUACCAUGCACACUGGCCACACAUUUUGUUAAGUGGUGUUUCUGGACAGUUUACUACACUGCGCGUGCUCGAUGACAUUAUUGAUGUUCUCCAGAGUGAUGGAUGUCUGGAGUAUUUCUCCAAAACAAAGGGGUUUAAAUGUUGACUCAAUUAAAAGGACAAAGUUACUUUAGGGAGGCUGGGUAUUUGAAAUGAGACUGGAAUUCAAAUAUGCCUAAAAACACAUGGAUACAACCUUGCAUAUUAUUUGUUCCAUGAAACUAACCACAUAGUUGUGGUAGUUAUGUCCAAAUUAAAUCAAGUUUACCAGUAAUCAAAGAUGAAAACAAUAAUCAAAAUCUUGUAAAAUAAAUGAACUAAAUACCGUGAUAAGAUUCACAGUCAUGACUUGCAUGAAGAUGCUUAAGAAUAAAAUGAGGGGUUUUUUUAGAUUUUAUUCAGUGAGAGCUCUUCAAAAGUCUAGGGUUUGCAACUUCAAAAGCUGAGCUCUCUGUGGAAACACUAAGAGACUUAUAUGGGCUGACCUAAAAGGUCAAGGCCUUCUAGUCCAUUCAAAGCUUGCAAAACAAGCAGGAGAAGCCCUUUAGCCAAUUCUGAGUUGAACUGAAAGCCAGCAAUGAGGAUGAAGCACAAGGAUAAGGACCUGCCAGUUCCUUGAACAGAAAGCAGAUAAGCAGCAUUUAUACAUAAGUCAGUACCCCAAUCAGUCACAUCGGUUAACUCCCAUAAACAAAACUGUAUAUACAAUCUAUCGUAUAUUACUCUCAAGUGACUGCAGUAAUAAUGGGCAACACAGUGGUUAAUUGUUAGAACAACCAUAUGUAAUCAGUCUCAAGGAAAGCUGAGCAAAAAAGCUUUGAUUAGUAGUUAGCAUGAGCCCAGAUAGCUAACUGUUAUGCACUUUCACAUAAAAAAGAUGAUUGAUCAUCACAAUGAUCAACUUCUCAAUUUUGAUUCGGAAUAAAUUAGAUGUUUGAAUGCCCUUGAAUGAAUAGCAGCAGAGUUGGGAAGUAAUAAAGUACAAAUACUAAAUCUCUAUACUUCAGUAGAAUUUUAAAGUAUCUGUAUUUUACUUUUUAAUUUCAAUCCCUAAAAACAGAGUAAAAAUAACGAGAGUAAAACUUGUUUAAGUGGCAUGUAAUUUUAAAUGCAGCAUUUUAAACAGCUCAACAAAUAUGCACAAACACAAAACUGCCACACAAUGUCUGCUAGCUAAAGGUAUAACUGCUUAAUUUCCCAGGGAGAGAAAAGAAUUAACUUCACUCACAGAUGACAGAAGAUGUAAGAAAGACAGGACAGGAGAAUAAGAAGAGAGAUUUUUGUCAAAGGAAGGGUCUGCUCGGUGACAUUCAUUAAAUUUGAAAAUUAAAUCUUACAUUUAAUGUUCUAAUUCAUUCUAGGGGUUUGGAGAUCAGCCUUGAUAGCUCAUGAAACAUCUGGUUAUGUCUUAUUGAAUUCAGUUGGCUAAAAUCACAGAGAGCAAUGUAUCUCAGCAUGUAGGCAAGAGUGAACAGAGCUUUGUUGUUUUUCCUUUAAAAUAGUUUGAUUGGUUUGUUUCUGCCUGUGUUCUACAUAAUACAUGUUCAUGGCGUUUGAGUUCAUUAAAAUUUAACUUAAAGUUUGCAUUCUGUUAUAUUAAUAUUUUUUUUAUUAUGAUGUUAAUAUGAAAGAUGAGGGUUCAGUUAAAUUUGUAAAAAAAAUUAAAAAGAAAAAAAAAAGAAAAAAAAAAGAAUAAAUAGGUGCCAGCACAGCUUUCUGCAUCAGAUGAAGUAUUUGUUGAACUUUUAGAGCAACCUGACAGUAAUAAAUACAGUAGUCCAGCCUAGAAUUAUUAAAUGCAUAAACUAGUUUUUCAGUAUCACUCUGAUUCAGAAUUUUUCUAAUUAUAGAAAUAUUGCGCAAAUGCAAGAAAGCAGUCCUACAUAUUUGUUUAUCAAGCACACUGAGACACAUAUCAUGGUGAAAAAAGCCUUAAAGAUCUCUCAUAGUGUCAUGGGAGGCCAAGGCAAAGCUAUCCAGUGUAAGUAUCUGGUUAGGCACCAUGUUUCUAAGAAUUUUAGGGGAGCACUGGGGCCUUGAUGUCUUUAAGAUAUUCCUCUAGUUUAACUAAUUAGUGUGUGUCAUCUGGCUUUCUAGAUAGAUAAAGCUGGCUGUCAUCUGCAUAGCAAUGAAAUUUUAUGUGAUGUCUUCUAAUAAUACUGGCCAAGGGAAGCAUGUAUAAUGUAAAUGUUCCCAGCAAAGAGCCCUGUGGAACUCCAUAAUUAACCUUAGUGUGUGAAAAAACUCCUCAUGAACAAAUUGGAGUCUGUUAGAUAGAUAUGAUUUAAACCACCGCAGUGCAAUACCUUUAAUGCAUACAGCAUGUUCUAAGCACAAAAAUCAAAACAAAGGUCAUCCAUAAUCUUAACUUAUGUUGUUUCUGUAUUUUGAUGAAUUCUGAAUCCUGACUGAGACUCUUCAAAUAAACUAAUCCUCUGCAACUGAUCAUUUGGAUUUUUACAACUAGUUUUCAAGAAUUAGACAUAAAAUUCUAAAAUUGGGAAUAUGGGAACAGGGAUUGGCCUAUAAUUACCUGUAACAGCUGAGAUUGAUCAUAUUUAAGAUCAAAGUAUUAAUUAAUGGUAGGAAUUCUUUGACCAGUAUUGUAGGAAUGGGGUCUAAUACACCCCAUGGUUUGGAGUAUUUAGAUCAGAUUGGCUGGAACCUCCACUGGUACUUGAAUAAUUAAGCUAGUCGCCGUAAGCAGCACAAGCAAACUCAAGAGAUAGAUCUGUUAUUCACUUUGGUAAUCCGUGAACCUUAAUCUUAAAUAACUGCAACCUGAAGAACUUGUUUUAAACAAAGACAAAAGGCCAAUAUGAUAAUUCAGUUUGUAGGACAUAUUCUUAACAAAAAAGAAGUAAAAUAAUUACAAAAAACAUACAAAAGGGAAAAAAAAAGAUUUAUCACUACUUUGUAUAAUUUCACACUUGAAGACUCAACUGAAGAUUACAUUAACAGAAAAAAAAAUGUAAUGGUGACAUCUAGCACAUUUUUAAAGCCAACAGAGAUUUUUGUUUUAAAUCUCACAUUCACUACCUGAUAUUAUGUCCCACCACUGUGCAAUGUCACCCAGGGGAUUUAUACAAUUGAUUAUCUGCUAAAAUGUGCAGCUUUAAGAGAGCUGGGUAUUUUCCACAUAGCAAUGAUGUUCCCAAACACACUGGGAUCAAUGAGAUGUGUCUCCUGAGGGAAGGAUAUUAAGCAUAAAUGCAGCCAAAGAUCGAAUCCUAUGAAUGAGAGAGAGCAUAAUUGUAGAGCUGCACCUACUUCCUAUUUUAUGAGUUAGGCUAAAAGAAUUUCAUGUAUUUGAGAUGAAAAAAUGGACUGAGUGGACCCUAUGAAGAGACAGCCUCGGUCAGUCUUUGACACAUCAGACUAAAGAGUAUUAGAAAUAAGAACCAAAAUAAAAACACACUACUGUGCAAACUUUUUAGCUACCACACCAAUAAUUUCUUUAUAUUUUGCUAGUAAAGUGAAGUAAAAUAAGAGCACAGAUCUACUGACACAUGUGCAAACAUACAUGGAAAUAAAGCAUAUGUCAAAACAGAGCUUGUGCAACUCUAAAAACAUUGAAAGUCCAUGUUCUAUAUGCCUUCCUUUAUUCUUCUUUGUUAGAGAAGAGCUCUGUUAGAAGUUUUCUAAAUAGUCUUCAGGAACAAAUAUUCUGAGUUUCUUAAAAGACAAAGUUCUUCUCUCGUUAUCGUCUGCUUUUGGUUCUGUUCAGUGUCAAGAUGAACAAAAAUUGCUUCAAGAAUGUUAAGGCAUGAGCUCUGCGGAGCCCAAUUCAUAGUUUUCCAUUAUGUUUUGUUUUUUUCAUGGAUAGUGCAAUGCCUUUUUGCUUUUUUGAAUGACAAAUGAAAUGGGCUGGAAAUGUUCUUUUUUUUCUCAGCAAAACAUGCUUUUUUUGUUUUAAUCAGUUUAAAAUCCUUGUUAUAAAAGCCAAAUGACUCUAACAAAUAAAUAUCCCCUCAAAAACUGUAACCAUCUACUCUAGCAUUUAAUUUAGCAUUCUGUCUUUUUCUUUAGGGUUGUAGGGACCCUAUCUCACACACUUUGAUACGUGGUAAUCAGUUUUUCACAAGCCACACAUGAAUGCAAAUGAAUAUGUUGCUGUUAUAUGUUUUUGCCUCACAUUCUUUUCACACAUUUCUCAAAGCAGCUUGAGACCACUCCCUACUGAAUCACCCACCAACAUAUAUAAUAAAGUAAAAAAUAUUAUUUAUAGGUACCCUUACAUCAUGUCAAUAUGGUCCAAAAUCUCAAUUUUCAACACAUUACUGAAUCUAAUCUGAGAAGAAUUAACAAAAGGGGUCCAACUUGGUUCUAGCAAAGUGUCCUGUACCUAACAAAGUGAUAAGUGCGUAUAUUAAUUUAAUUUGAAAAAGUACCAAUUUGUGGUGAAACCUACAUUUUACAUCGUUUUGAAACAUUUCUCAUCAUUUGUAAAUGACUACAAAAUCUCUCUUGUAGCUGAAAAAGUGCUAAUUGGUAUUGAACUUGAUGUACCUUCUUAAGCUGUUGUUUAUAUUUGCAAAACAGAAGGAAACUGAAACUGAAACAGUGUACAAAACGGCGAUGACUGCUUUGUGAUUUCUCUGAGUGAACAACUACAGUACUCAUCCAUUUUUUUAAAUUUCUGUAUAUAUUUAUAUGAGAGUUAAAUUAAAUUUUAUUGAAUAAAAGGAGAAAGUAAUACAUCUCCAUGUGUGGGACUUACAUGUACCUAAGGAUAGAACGUUGGAUUUGUUAAUGGGAUUUCCCUAACAGGUGAAAAUUAACGUGACAGGAAGUGGAUGGGGCGCUUUGGCACAACACCGAAACACCGGCUAACUGAGACGACGGACUUGUAAAAUGGUUUUCCUGUGACACAAAGUCUGCGCCAAAUAUAAAGGCAUUCGCUGUAGCACAUGAAGGAGGAGUUCCAGGCUGGAGCAAAAAAAGGGAAGAAAACCAAACAUUUGUAAUCGCGACCUCUGUCAGUUCAAGCUAAUAGCUAAGCAAUGUUUUCAUUAGCGACAGGUGUUCCUUCCUCUCCACUCUCUCCUGCUGCUUUACGUCGAGCUCUAUCAACUCUCCGAUGAUGAUGGCAACAGCCAUCAGUUAUAAUCAAGUCAUUUUGAAGAUUAUGCCCUUGUUAAAGACAGGGGUGGGAACUAGAUUUCAUUAUGAGGACAGAUGGUAGCAAACGCUGUUCACCCUAAUGGAGCAUUCAAAGAUCUCUUUCCUCGACUUUCACAUAAGAAAUAAGUUAUGAUUCAGUCUCACAGUGAACGUGAUUUAAUUCACAGAAGGCCAAGUUACUGCAGCUGGCCUUCGAGAGAACUUACCGCAAGUGCACUAAUGAGUGGAGAGAUGCUAUCUUCACACGGCUUAACUGAGACUUUGUCCGCCUUCAGCUAUUUCAAGGAGCUGGGAUACACGCAAGGCUUGCAGGUGACAUCCAAGGGCCCACAGACCAUCCGUAAGGCAGAGGGAGAGAGUGUGACUUUGGGAUGCAGCUACAAACCAAGCCCUCGUGACACUGGGGAACUUGACAUCGAAUGGUCUGUGAUCAGUCCAGACACCACACAGAAAGAUCAAAUGCUUGUAUCCUAUACCGGUGGCACUAAGUACUUCUUUGGUAACCAUGCAUUUGAAAAAGAGCUCAGCUUUGCUGCUGGUGAUCCCUCGAUGGGUGACGCUUCACUGUCGAUUGCUCUGCUGUCACCUGCUCACACCGCUACCUACCAAUGUAAAGUGAAGAAAGCACCUGGAGUGGACAUGCACAAGAUGUCACUGGUGGUAAUGGAGAAGCCGUCUGUACCUAAGUGCUGGGUGGAGGGAGGGGAACUGAUUGGCAAUCCUGUGUCUCUGCACUGCGAGUCUGCAAAAGGCUCCACUCCCUUAAAAUACACAUGGAGGAGAGAAAGAGCUGGCUCCAUCCCUGAUGGAGCCGCACAGAACAGUGUGACCGGAGAGCUGAAAAUCAGCAACCACUCAGAGAGCUUUGCAGGGAUCUACCUUUGUGAAGCAAACAAUGCUGUUGGAGUAGAAAGCUGCAUGCUGAACCUGAAAGCCAACAAACCUCCAAACAGAGCUGCUGUGAUAGUUGGCACCAUUGUUGGUUCCCUGCUCCUCAUCUUUAUCUUCCUGGUCUUCGUUGUGCUUCUGUACUGGAAGUUGAGCAGCAGACAUCGCUAUGAGAAGGAAUUAUCCAAUGACAUCAGGGAGGACGCACCACCUCCUGACAGCCGCCCCGUCAGCCGUCACACAAGCCAGAGCGCCAGUCAGCUCCCACAGGUCACUUACUGCCAGGUCGAUGGCACUGAGGUGAUGAAUGAGGGACUCAGCCACACUCCUUCCAGCACCAGCCACGGACACAGGCUGGUCAAACACACACCAGCGGAGUAUAACAGCAAAUAUGGAUAUGCAGUGUGACACUCAGAGCGAGCUGAAUUAAAGAGAAGUUUCAGGACAGUUUGAAAACUUGAAACUGAAAAUAUGCAGUAGUGGCAGUCCUGCCGAGACUUUAAUUAACCAAAUUCAAAGCUAUGCACUGUGAGGAUUUUAUGAUAACAUUGUUCAAUGUGAUUGCUUUGAGAUAAUCUUAGUAAAAGGAAGUUCUGUUAUUUGAUUGGCUUGGAUAUAUUAGAUUGUAUCAUUCAACAUUUAGGUGGAUGUCUAUAAAGCAGAU